UCAAAGUAAAAUGAAGUUAACAAUAACAGUCAUCGUAAUUAUUUCAAUAUUAUCCGCUAACAGCGGCUCAGCAUUUCGUCUUUUUUCAUCAUCAAAAACAGCCUGUAAUAAAGAUGGUACAUGCUCUAAUGUUAAAAGUGAUGCAGAACUUUUUAUAGAAGGUGAAAAAUCAUCAAGUAAAAAUCGUAAUGAAAUUCAAACAGAACCAGCAAAACGUAUAACAUUUAAAGAUUCAAAAUUAAAAACAGUACCAAAAAAUACAUUCAGUGUAUUUCCGAAUGCUGAAUCAGUUGAUAUGAGAAAUUCUGUAUUAACAUCAUUAACAGCAUUAAGUUUUAAUAAUGCUAAUAAUUUAAAAGAAAUUAUUUUAUCUGAUAAUAAUAUACAAAAGAUUGAUGCAAAUGUUUUUCAAAAAGCACCUAAUCUUGAAUAUUUAUAUAUGAAUGAUAGUAAAAUUCAGACAUUAGAUAAAAAUGCCUUCAAAGGUAUGACACAUUUAAAAUUAUUAUCAUUAGAAGGAAAUUCAAUAGCACAAUUACCAAUUGGUAUAUUCGAUGAUUUAAUAAAUUUAGAACAUAUUAAUUUGGGUAAAAAUAAAUUGGAAAAAUUACAAAAUGGUAUAUUUGAUAAAUGUAUAAAAUUAAAACAUAUUGAUGUUAGAAAUAAUAAAUUAACUGAUAUUGAUGAAAAUGUAUUCAAAAAUAUGAAAUUAGAUUUUCUUGAUGUUUCAUACAAUAAACUUGAUGCAUUCGUUAUAAAUGUUAAUGAAAUUGGAAAAUUAGAUGCUAGAAAUUCAGCAAUUAAAAAAUUCCAUGUUUAUGGUGAUGUUAAACAAAUUUUAGUUGAAGGUAAUUUCAUUGAUGAUUCUCAUGUUGGUAAAAAACACUAGAUCUAUAUCACAAUAAGCUUUGGGUACACUAAGUGAGGAGAAUUUAAAUUAAAUUAUUUAAAUAAAAAUAAAAAUUAAAAUUGCCAAAUAAAAUAAUUAUAAAAUAUAAGAAUUGUAAAUUAUUAUGUUAAAAAUUAAGAAAGUCUUAUAUACCACUGAAAUGCUAAUAAGGACGGUAUUCUCUAGUUUGGGUACAAGAUAAUAUAUCAAUAUAAAUCAACUUGAAAUUUACACUUUUUGAAUUGUUGAACAGAAGUGAUUUAAAAAAAUUCAUGACAGGCACUAAAAUACUUGUAUUAUGCAAUAUUCUAUUAGUUAAAAACCUACAGUGGGCAAGCAAAUAUUAGUUAUCAUUAAAAAUUUUUAAUUCGGUAUGUCAAAUGAAAGUGCGAGCUCGCUUGAAUCAAAACGUUUUAAUUAAAACAAAGGUCAAACAAUUAUCUUUAAAAUUUUUAAAUAGCAAUAAGCAUACAAUAUUACUAUUAUUU